AGCAUGGGGCUCCCGCGGCCCCAGGACCUGUCUCUCACAAUGGCCACAGGGAGGGUCCUGCUCAUCUCUCUGCUGGUCCUGUCACUGCAGUUGGGCCUCAGCUGGGACUCUGAUGCUCACCAGAAAGCUCCAGUGGCAACAGGAGAGUUCUGGUCUAAGCAGACAGCAGAAGCCGGAGGGACCUGGAGGCUACCACUGGGUGCCCACAGUCUCCAUGCCCGCCUGCGCCGAGCCCUGGCCGGUUCAUGCCAGCUAUGGAGUCUGACCCUGCCUGUGGCUGAGCUGGGCUUGGGCUACACCUCAGAGGAGAAGGUCAUCUUCCGUUACUGCGCUGGCAGCUGCCCCAGAGGUGCACGUACCCAGCAUGGCCUGACGCUAGCCCUGCUGCGGGGUCAGGGCAGAGCCCAUGGUGGGCCCUGCUGCCGGCCCACCCGCUAUGCCGAUGUGGUCUUCCUCGAUGACCGCCACCACUGGCAGCAGCUGCCCCAGCUCUCAGCGGCUGCCUGUGGCUGUGGCUAG